AUGGUCAUUGGAGACAUCACCGACUCGGUGUUCCGGAGCUACGUCUUGACGCUGGGUGAACCCGCCAUGAGUGCGAUGGUUCUGCGCCUCAAACAGGCGGGCAUCAACACGCAAGUCUUGCAGGUGCAUUCCCCUCUCCUGCUUGCUUUCCACCCCAUCCACCCCUGGUUCCCCCUCUCCUGCUUGCUUUCCACCCCAUCCGCCCCUGGUUCCCCCUCUCCUGCUUGCUUUCCACCCCAUCCACCCCUGGUUCCCCCUCUCUUGCUUGCUUUCCACCCCAUCCGCCCCUGGUUCCCCCUCUCCUGCUUGCUUUCCACCCCAUCCGCCCCUGGUUCCCCCUCUCCUGCUUGCUUUCCAUCCCAUCCGCCCCUGGUUCCCCCUCUCCUGCUUGCUUUCCACCCCAUCCACCCCUGGUUCCCCCUCUCCUGCUUGCUUUCCACCCCAUCCACCCCUGGUUCCCCCUCUCCUGCUUGCUUUCCACCCCAUCCGCCCCUGGUUCCCCCUCUCCAGACUGCUGUCCAUGCAAACCCUGGCCAAUACCCCAUUUCCCUUAUGCUCUCCACCCCCUCUUUCGCUGCUUUCCCUUUUUCUUUGUUGAAUGCUCGUGGUGUCAGAUCACAGCUGCCAUUGCAGCUGGGGGGGGUGGUGUCAGUGGUGGUAGUGGGGGGAUGA